UCUUUAUCUAUGGUCCCUGCCAUUUCUUCUACUACUAAAACAGAAAACUAAUCUUCCUUUGCUUCUUGGAGAUCAGAAGGAAAUCAUAAUUCUGCAAAUCCCAACUGGGCUUUCUUUCAUAAUCAGAGAGAGAGAAUGUUGGAAGGCAAAGCUUUGAUACAAGACACAGACAUGCCAGUGAAGAUGCAGAUUCAAGCCAUGGCUUCUGCUUCUCAAGCUCUGGAUCUCUAUGAUGUCUUUGAUUGCAGAUCCAUAUCUGCCCACAUUAAAAAGGAGUUUGAUAAGAGAUAUGGAUGUGGCUGGCAAUGUGUGGUGGGUUCCAAUUUUGGGUGCUUCUUCACUCACUCCAAAGGCACUUUCAUCUACUUCACUCUUGAGACUCUCAGUUUCCUUAUCUUUAGAGGUGUUUCUUCUUCUUCUUCUUCCUGAUCUUAGUCAAGACAUGGUUUGGUAGAAAUGAACAAUUAAGUACUAGAGGAAGGCAUAGAAUGAGCCCGCAAAGCAUGUAAAUUUUCCUUUUCCUUUUUACCCUGAACUGGAGGAACUGGGUUUUAUGUUUAAAAGUACCCAGAUGCCCAGCUUUGUAGUGCUUUUUCUAUGUAAUGGAUUGCUCAGCUUAGCACUUUACUCACUCUUAGGGUC